AUGGCAAAUGGAAUGCUUUCGUUUCUAAUGCCGCGGUUCACCAAGAAUAACUAUGAAAAUUGGUGUAUCCAUAUGAAGACAAUCUUGGAAUCUCAAGAUUUGUGGGGGAUCGUUGAUAAAGGCUAUAUGGAAUCAGAGAAUAAAGAUUCCUUGGCUCCAGCUCAAAAGGAGUCCUUACAAGCCACAAGAAAAAAGGAUCAGAAGGCCAUCAUGAUCAUCCAUCAAUGUUUGGAUGAUGGCAUGCUACAACGAGUUGCUAAUAUAACUUCUUCGAAGCAAACUUGGGAGAUUCUCCAAAACUCCUAUCAAGAAGUUGACAAAGUCAAGAAAAUUCGUCUUCAAUCUUUGCUUGGUGAAUUUGAAGCCUUACAUAUGAAAGAAUCCGAAUCAAUCUCGGAUUACUCUUCAAGGCUGUUGACCAUCGUAAAUCAACUAAGAAGGUACGGCAAAAAUGUGAGUGAUACGAGAGUUAUUGAAAAAAUCCUUCGUUCAUUGGAUCCCAAGUUCAAUUUUAUUGUUGUAGCCAUUGAAAAGUCCAAAGAUCUAGACUCCAUGACAAUCGAUCAACUCAUGGGGUCACUACAAGCUCAUGAAGAGAAGGUUGUCAAGAAGCAAGAGACUUUAGAGCAAAUGUUACAAACAAAAGUCUCUUUGAAAGAAAAAUAA